AUGCGUUCGGUAUUGGGCGGCGCAUUGCGCCCGUAUAUAUGCACUUCAUGUAAACUUGGACUCCAGUUACAGCGGAAGAGGUUUGCAUCCAGUCUUUCACGGCAACCCGACAUCUAUGAUAUCGUUUGUGUUGGAGGGGGCCCAGCAGGUCUAGCUUUGCUGGCUGCAUUGAGGUCCUCUCCAAUUACCUCCAAGCUCAAAGUUGCCCUCAUUGAAAGUCAGGAUAUCACCAAAGCCAAAAGCUGGAACCUCGACUCAGAUCACUUCUCCAACCGCGUUAGCAGUCUUACACCCUCAUCUGUUGCUUUCUUAAAAGGUAUCGGCGCAUGGCAGCAUGUCGAUACUUCGCGGGUUCAACCAUAUGAAGAGAUGGAAGUGUGGGAUGGAGUGACGGGAUCCAAUAUCUCGUUCAACUGGCCACCAAGUCUUAUCGAACACGAUGCUUCAUCGAAGACAGUUGCGACUAUGACGGAGAAUGCAAAUCUUAUACGCGGUCUCCUCUCACGAAUUGAUUCCCUUGGCGAUGAUGUUUCCGUCUUCUCGUCAACAAAAGUUUCGUCAAUUAAUAAUGGCACGAAUAUCACUGAUGGGCCCGAUCUUUCUUCGUGGCCAGUUCUCACUUUAUCCCCUUCAUCUUCGGCGGAGGCCAACACUGAGCUUCCCACGAUCGCUGCCCGGCUUUUAGUAGGUGCAGACGGUAUCAACAGCCCUGUGCGCUCAUUUGCAGGUAUAUCUACGGACGGAUGGGACUAUGACCGACACGGUGUGGUUGCUACCCUGAAGCUCUCUCCCUCAACUCAAUCCUCGACCAGGCCAGUGACUGCAUAUCAACGAUUCCUGCCCGGAAUUGGCGGGCCAGUUGCCAUGCUACCUCUGCCCAAUAACUAUGCUACCCUCGUCUGGUCUACCACAGUCCAGAACGCCGCAUACCUCAAGUCUCUAUCUCCAGAAGCAUUUACAACAAUGGUAAAUGCUGCUUUCCGUCUAUCUAUAACAGACUUGAAGUAUAUGUUCUCUUUGCCACCUAGCCCAACGGAAGCUUCCGAGAAUCUCUACGAUCACGGAGAUGAGCUAUCCUGGCGACUCGAGCAUACAUCCGUCCCAUCCUUUGUACCGCCAGAAGUAGAGACCGUACAUUCGAAUACGGUCGCUGCAUUCCCAUUACGAUUCCGUCAUGCAUCAACUUACAUAUCACCUCGAGUGGCGCUCGUAGGGGAUGCAGCUCACGUUAUCCAUCCUCUAGGAGGUCUGGGCUUGAACCUGGGGGUUGGUGACGUUAUAUCCCUACAACGCACGAUUGAAUAUGCUAUCCAGCAUGGUAUGGAUAUCGGGGCGCUGCUAAGCUUGGAACAGUAUGCAGCUGAUAGAUGGAUAACGAAUGCUGGCAUUGGAGGUGCCUGCGAUCUGCUGCAUAAGGCAUAUAAUGUUCCUGGCUACGGACCGUUUGCGUGGGCUAGAGGUGUUGGCCUAGACGCGGUAAACAGCUUGUCAACACUGAAGGAGUUGAUCAUGAAGCGGGCUUCGACUGCAUGA